AUGACAACAGACACGCCCAUUGAAGACAAAACCACGUCGCUGGGUCGUGCUCAGGAUGAAUUGGCGAAUCUGAUUGAGACUCUGAUCCAUCUUGGUGUUCAGGUUCAUGAUUUCACAGGAACCAACGAGGCCAAAGCUGGAUUGGCAAAUAACAUAAACAAAGUCAUUGGCCAGUUACAGGAAAUCUCUACCAGCCAUGAUCUGAAAGAAUACUCCAUACCUAUGGAGGUUCUCAACUAUGUGGAAGAUGGCAGGAAUCCUGACGUCUAUACGAGGGAAUUUGUUGAGGUGGUUCGGAAAGUGAAUCAGUUUUUGAAUGGAAAAGCGGUUGGUUUUGGAAGGUUCAGAGAUGUUUUGGGUGACAAGAUCAUCCAGGAAUUUCCGGAGUUGACGGAUUCAGUUCACGAUAUCAAGACGCGAACUAGCUAG